AUGGGAAAGAAAGCGGCCGCGAAGAAAGGGGGCAAGGCCUCGCAGGGAUGUUGCAGAGCCGAAGCGAAAAACCAUGAAAAACCCGACCCCCCAGGUGGAAAGGAAGAAAUUGUUUUCUGCACCACCAGUGUCAAGGGCAAGAAGGACACAGAGCGUGAAGCCGAAGAGCAAAAGGCUGCUGCAGAAGCAGCUAAACAGGCCGAGGAAGAAGCGGCUGCAGCUGCAGCUGCAGCUGCUGCCGCGGCAGAGACACCCAGCCAGCAGCCGGACGGGGAGGAGCUGGAGGAAUGGGAACGCCUUGACCUUUCAGACACAGCAGACACGACCUCUCCUGCCUCGCCGGAGCGUACAGAAGUGCCAGACGAGGAGGAGGAAGAGCAGGAUUGGGAUCAGCUGGUAGACUCUCGGCUGAAGGAUGAAUUGCAAAAGCUUGACAGGAGGGUGAAUCCCGCCGACGUCGUUGUGCAACUCGAGAGAAAAGGCGGAUAUUCCCCUGCGGGAGUUGUAGUGCUGAACAAGGCGGCUGAGCAAAAAGUGGAGGCCGCUUUGGCGCCACUCAGAGAUGAGGAAGGCUAUUUGAAGCCUAUCUUUCCCAAGCAGUGGCGUUUUAAGGGCAAACUCACCUGGGAGAGAGUGAACUCCAUCUACGCCAUCCUGGAGGCCUUGAACUUCAAAGGUGAUCAAAUCCGCUUGGCGAUGGGUAAGACCGGCGGCUAUGAUGCUCGGGCUCCUUUAGAAUGGUUGUUGGUGAAUCUGCCAAAGAAGGAGCUUCCAACAUAUUUUGGAGGUGAGUCCGUGGGUGAUCUUCCAAAGGAAGAAGGAGGUGUCAUCCAAGCUGAUGUGGUGGAAGGUCCUUUUGGCCCUGCACAGGUGGAUGGUGUGGAGGAGCUAGACGACCCAAAGGGCGGUGGUGAGGUUUUUGAGACACCCAAAGAGGUUGAAACUAAGGAGGUGGCACCCAAAGAGGUGGCACGGCCAGGAUGCGAUAAGGAAGCUGGCAAGGAGUUUGCUCGCAGAUACAUGGAGCAGUACGAGGAUGAUGAUGACGCUCUGCUGAGCCCUGAAGAAAUCCUGGAGGGAGAAAGAAAGAAGGAUCCAACAGCAAGGUACAUCAAAGUCUCCUUGCAGUUUGAAGAAACAAGCAAGAUCUUGAAGGCACUGAAGGAAAAGAGAAGGCAUGGUGCUUUCAAGCAGAAUAUAAGUGCAGAUCAAAAUAAGCAGAAGGAGAACACCAACAAGUUUCAAAGUUGCAAAGCUGAGAUGGAGCUGUUGGAAUCGGGGAAAUAUGGCCCUUUGGAUCAGGAGCGUAUCGCCAAUGCAAAGCCUCGAAAAGCUCCGAAAGAGGAAAAAGAUACUAAGGAGAAAGAUCCUGAAGAGAAGAACGGAAAAGAGGAGGAAGAGAAGGAGCCAGAGAAAGAGGAGGAGGACCAAGCGUUGCCAUCGCUCUUUGAUGAGGCCGCCACCCUUGACGGCGGCACGACGGAAGCACCUCCUGUGCGCCGCUACAAUAUGGCUGGCUGGACAGGUCGAAAGCCCAAAGAGGCCUUGGAAGAUUUUGGAAAAAACAAGUGGGGGAAAAAGAAGGACGGCAUGCCCUAUGCAAAGUACGCCAAGUUGUCAGGUUCUGGUGGUUUCCGGCUUCGUGUCACUGUGCAGCUGCCCAAGAACGAACGGCGGCGCUUUGACCCCGAGGAGACGUGUGAAACAAAAGAAGAGGCAGAACAUCUUGCGGCGACUCUGGCGCUAAUGAAGCUCUCUCAGGAUUCUGAGAAGCCUGGUUUGCAGCGGGGCCUGCCUCCAGUGUAUCGGCAACGAUGGCAAGAAUGGGAUGAAAAGCUGCUGGCUGAACUCCAGGAACGCAAGAAGAGCUUGGUCAAGGACAAGAUCCUUUUCUUGGAACGUCUUCUGCGUACCAAGCCUACAAUGCUGCAGAGUAGCCUGGGACUAGGCACUGUCGAAAGUGCACAGCCUCUUUCAGGUCCCAAAGGCGAAGAUGAGUUGGCCCUACAGGAGAUGAGCAUCGAUGCUGCCGAAAGGAAGAACGAGAUUCGUUUCGAUACAGACUUGGAUGUUGCGGAGAAGCUAUCAAGAGCGGCAGCAGGCAUUGGAGCAGGAGGUCGAAUUCGACCAGUCCGGGUCCUGGAGACGGAGACGGAGACAGAACAUCGAAACGCGAAGACUGGUGAUCAGAGGCUUCAGCAGCAGCGGCAGCGUUUGCCGGUGGCCGAGUACAAGGAGCAAUUCCUCCGGGCAGUCUGCAGCUGA